AUGGACUCCUGGGACCGGCUGGUGCCGUCGUUCCGCUACGACAAGUCGGUGUCCUUCUUCAAGAUGAUGGUGCCCACGACCGACACCGCACGCUACGGCUACUUCCUGGACCGACUGCUCUCGGUGGACCGUCCCGUCCUCUACACGGGCGGGACGGGCGUGGGGAAGGUAAGGGAGACACGACUCUGUGGCAAUCUCUGUUAAGACUUUGAAGAACUAAAAUAACGAAAAAUUCUUGUUACUUGUAAAUGGUGUGCUUUUGUAAUGGACUCGGAUUGAGUGUUUUAGUCCUUGGAAUUGUUUAGGCAAAAUAUGGGAUACGAAGAGUUUUAAAAUCGGGGGGGGGGGGGGGGUGGUNAAAUCCCGUGGUUUCAAUUGACCUAAGGUCAGGGUCCUAGAGCCAUAAGAAGCGGAGAUUUUUUUUAAUUAUUUGAGGGGGGUUGGGGGGGGAGGAUCCAAUUAACAAGAAAAAAAAUCUACUGAACCUUUCUGUCCACAGUCUGUUAUCUCUACUGAACCUUUCUGUUCACAGUCUGUUAUCUCUACUGAACCUUUCUGUCCACAGUCUGUUAUCUCUACUGAACCUUUCUGUCCACAGUCUGUUAUCUCUACUGAACCUUUCUGUCCACAGUCUGUUAUCGCAAGAGAUCUGUUAGACCGGAUCGCGGAAAGGGUCAACUACGUACCCAUCUUCAUCAACUUCUCAGCCCAGACCAGCAGCAAUCGAACCCAGGAGAUGAUUGAAGGAAAGCUGGAGAAGCGGCGAAAGAAUGUCAUUGGUGAGGCGGCAAGCCCCUUUAGAAGUAUUGGCGCCAUAAUUGUACAAACAGCUGUGUGAAAGAUUUCUUCUAACUGGCUUUAUAUUUCUACAACUAAAUGUGUUAGGACUCUCCUAUAGAACUGGUUUUAUAUUUCUACAACUAAAUGUGUUAGGACUCUCCUCUAGAACUGGUUUUAUAUUUCUACAACUAAAUGUAUUAGGGCUCUCCUCUUGAAUUGUUUUGUUUUUUUUUUAAAUUUAAACAACAAGCAAUGUUUAGACUCUCAGAAAUGUAUCUUACAACAAACUAUCACAUGAAAAGAAGAUAUAAAUGUAAAUAAACAAAGAACUUCAUCUACCAAGAACUUUAAUGCUGUCUGUCGCAACUCUUGAGCUGCGUGGAAAUGAUAUCGUCGAUGUGUUGCGGCAUUUCUCUUUUUGGCCUUCCCCAGGUGCCCCCAAGGGCAAACGUGUGAUCAUCUUCAUCGACGACCUCAACAUGCCCAAACAAGACACCUUCGGCUCCCAGCCCCCGAUAGAACUGCUCCGGCAGUACCUCGACUUCGGUGGCCUGUACGACCGGGACAACAUGACGUGGAAAGAAAUCCAGGUAAUGCAAUCACAGAUCGACACGUCAAGGACGAAAUUAUUGCGUUAUUCGCUUUUUAUUAUAUCCCCGAUCAAUUCAAAUGCUUCAUCUUUUUAUGCGUUGCAACGAAAUAUUAAGCUGUUGCUGAUGAUAAUUUUUGUGAUUUAAAAAAGACCCCCCCCCCGUCCCACCUUUCCCCAAUUGCUGGCCUUUUUGAGGUUCACUAAGGUGUUAAAGACCAUUGUCGAGUAGCGCCCCUUGCAACCAGUGAAGUAUCCCCUUCUAAACUGUGCACAGUUACAUUGCGAAUCCCCUUUACAAGUAUGGGAGCCAGAUUGAUCGAUACAUUGAUAGUGGGCCCUCAAAAUAUAGUAGAAGAAUAACAGGGAGGCGGAUAAGAUUUCUGAGCAUGCGCAUGAUUCACUGCAGUUUUAGAGAAGCUUAAGUUCAGAUAUUCCUGUCGUGAUCGUUCUUGGAAAGAUUCGAAUCGUUGCGGUGUGGUCACGGGGGAAUGAAGGGGGGGGGGUGUCAUUGGAAGUCAUUACUUUCGUGGGAUCUCUUUUUCUUUUUAAUAUUUUCGUCUCAUUUUUUUUUAAUCGGCUAACAGGAAGUGACGCUCUCUGCUGCCUGUUCGCCACCUGGCGGUGGUAGAAACCCGGUCACGCCCAGAUUGUUCCGCCACUUCACGAUGCUGAGCAUCCCGUCUCCAACGGAGCAGAGCCUCAAGCAAAUGUUUAUG